AUGUCAUACGAAGUCAUCGUCUUGAAAGAAGGCUACAGCAAAGCAGAGGGCCAGGGUCAGCAAAGAGCAUGUGGGAGUAUUAGCCUGAUCAAGGGACCUAAGAACAUCAUUGUGGAUACCGGUAAUCCUUGGGAUAAGGAGCACAUUCUAGAUGGUCUACAGAAGAAUGGACUUUCUCCAGAAAAGAUAAACUAUUGUGUGUGUACUCACGGCCACUCUGAUCAUGUUGGGAAUCUGAGCAUCUUCUCCAAUGCUGUACACAUUCUCUCUUACGAUGUGUGUGUUGGGGACCAGUACCAAAUGCAUGAUUUCAAAACGGGAAUUCCUUAUGAGAUAGAUGACGAUGUAGAAGUGGUCCCCACUCCCGGACACACGGGGUCGGACAUCUCAGUCAUCGUCAGCAACACAGGACUGGGUACUGUUGCAGUGACAGGUGAUUUAUUUGAAUGUUUGGAGGACUUGGAAGAACCUAGUUUGUGGCAGGACAAUAGUGAAAAUCCAGAUCUUCAACAAGAGGGCAGGAUAGAUGUUCUUGGAAGGGCAGAUUACAUAGUUCCUGGACAUGGGAAAAUGUUUAAGGUUCCUGACGAAUACAAGAGGUCAUCCAUGAGGGUUGUAAUGUAUGAGGAGGAAAUCAGCCAGUCAGGGGACCAAAUAUCAGUAAUCAGUGAAUAUGUGGUGCAUGAGGAGGAUUCUUGAAAUUUAGUGGAAGUCCAUAUGUGAUCUAAAAAUAA